AAUAUCGAGCGCCCAGAUGACGGGGCUGGUGGGGGAGAGCGUGUUGCUGCCCUGCGACAUCAACCGCCAAGCCUGCCUGGAGAUCCACACCCUCAAGUGGUACAAGGGCGAGAACAGGGUCUUCAUCUUCUCCGAGGAAGCCGCGGUGGAGAGGACGGAGGGUUCACUCUUGAGCAGGACGGACUUCUUCUACGAGGCCAACAAGUCGGAAACCCACCUCCAAAUCUUCCCUCUCAGGACCAGCGAUGAGGGGAUGUACAGGUGUGAUCUCACGGCCUAUAACAUGACCCAGGGUUGCGUCAUGGUGCAGUUCAUCAAUCUCACCAUGCAAGCCAUCCCGAAAUAUCCUGAGUUAUCCUUCGAAGAUGGCUCACCGAUAGAAAACGGGACGCAGGUGGGGCCCUUCGACGAGGGGACGGUGCUGAUCCUGGUUUGCGAGGCGGCGGGGGGCAAGCCAGUGGCGCAGGUCAACUGGUACAACGGGACCCAGCUACUUGAAGGGAAAUACACAACCACCAUGGACCAGGACGGGAUAGGGACUGGCAAAAACACUCUCCGCCUCCCCUUGACCCGAGCUGACCUGGGAGCGACCUUGACCUGCGAGGUGAUGAAUGACGCCAUGGACCACCCCGUCACCUCCUCCGUCACCGUGUUUGUUAAUGUUCCCCCCCAGAGCGUCGUGGUGCAGGGGGCCGAGUCUUCGCUGCACGAGGGAGACACGGUGACGCUGGACUGCAUCGUUAGAGGCGCGCGACCCGCCGCCUCCGUCAGGUGGCUCAAUGGCUCGCGGGAGGUCCAAACGCCCGUCAAUGUGGAGGCGGAGGAUGUGGAGCUGAUGACCAUCGACUACACGUACGAGACCAAGAGCCGCCUGCAGUUCGAGGUGACCCGCUUCGAGAACGACAGAACCUUCACGUGCGAGGCCAACAAUGUGGUGCUGGAGAACAGGAAGCAAGAACCCAUGAGGCGAGAAGUGGUGCUGGAUGUUCUUUACGCGCCCAUCGUGAGGGUGAGCCCCGAGAACUUCACGGUGAAGGAGACGAUGGAUGUGCUAAUCUUCUGCGAGUACAGCGCCAACCCCCCGAAGCUCACGCACGUUAAUUGGUAUCAGGAUCACCGCCAAGUCGAUGUCGCCGGGCAACCUGACAAGUACGGGAAUGGGAACGUGGAACACCCGAUGCUGCUCAUCAAGAAUAGCUCGGCCUCGGACAUGGGGGAGUACACGUGCCGGGUCUCCAACGACGUGGGCGCCUCUCUCGUGCUCAAUUCGGCCUUCGUCAGCGUCCUGUAUCGGCCACAGGUACAGGUGUUGAUGGACCCGAUGGAGCCCGUGUCGGAGGAGGACAGACGGAACGUGACCCUCAUCUGUGACAUCGUGAAGGCCAACCCCGAGGACCUGGAGAGGGUCCGAUGGUACCUGGACGGCGAGCUGCUCAAGGAGUUGCCGGAGUGUGAUGGGAACACGUCACUCUACACCUCGAACUCGGAGCUCUGCGACAUCGACCCGGCGCGGCUGCUUCUCGAGAACGUCUUCAAGGACUUCCACGGCAACUACUCCUGCGAGGGGAUGAACGAGGCGGGCUGGGGCUUGCGCUCUAGUGACGUGGAGCUGGUUGUCCACUACCCGCCCGGCCCAGCGACCAUCACCUACGACCCGCCGAUGGUGAUAAAGGGCCAAUCACUCGAGCUCACCUGCAAUAUCGAGGAUCCCGGACGUCCCGCUGCCAACACCUUCCUGUGGUACCGCGGAAGCCACCUGGUGCCGGACGAGACCUCCCCCUCCUGGACCAUCAACUCGGUGUCGCUGGAGACUGAGGACAAUUUUACGUGUGUGCCUGUCAACAUGGAGGGCAAGGGGGACCAGGCCACGGCGGACAUUGACGUGCUGGCCGCCCCCUUCUUCAUCGACCGCCUUCCGCCUUACUACGGGGCACUCAUGAGCUCGGAGCGGGUCUCGUUAGCCUGCCGCGUCGAGUGCUCUCCCCUCUGCUCCAUCUCGUGGCUCAAGAACGGCCAGCCUCUGCGGAACGACACCCAUUACACCAUCACCAGCAGGGUCGUUCCUCCUGACCCCUCCUCCGGUGACUUGGAGAGCGUCAGGUCGGAGCUCACCUGGCUAAUGGACAUGUGGCCGGACGGUGUGCUGGACAGGGAGAGAGACAACGCCAUCUACAAUUGCACCUCGACCUCCAACCUUGCGGGCCCCGGCGACUCCUCGAAAACGAUCUUCAGGGUGGAGUACCCGCCGGAGGAGAUCGUGGUAUCGGAGAUCUACGUGCCGGUGGUGGAGGGCGAGGUGCCUCCGAAGGUGAACUGCAACGCCUCGAGCUACCCCGACCCGCGAUACGUCUGGCAGCACGGCGGGCAGGCGGUGUCCAACGGGCCCAUGCUCAAUAUGGACUUCCCCAUCAAGAGGAGUCAGGCCGGAGUCUACCAGUGCAUCGCCAAGAAUAAACACGGCGAGAUGAAGGCCUCUACCACCGUCGACGUGCUGUUCAAGCCGGAGUGCAAGAUUGACCGCGAGGACGGCGGGAGCGGCGAGGACGCACACAUCCUGCUGAUCUGCCGCGCCGCCGCCAACCCCGAGGACGUGGACUUCAGAUGGCGACUCCUAAACGAGACACUGACGCGGGACAUCACUUCGGAAGGCCUCGAGUCGCGCCUCCGCCUUCCAGCCACCUCGGAGUCGCUCGGGACCUACUACUGCUACGUCAACAACACGCUCGGGGAGUCCAUACCUUGCGAGAUCGAUGUUACAGGUGUCGCUGGCAUCAUAGAAAAACUGGGAGACGACAACAUCAUCGUCAUCUCCGCCAUCGUCGCUGCCGUCAUCGUCCUCGUCAUCAUCAUCUGCGUGGUCAUCAUCGUCAUCUGCCGCCGACAGAGACAAGCUGGAAAAUACAACGGUACCAACAACAUGCAGGCGAGAGAAAACCCCGAAGGGACCUCGCCCCGCCCCGACCCCUUCUCCCCCGCCACUGUCCAACCUGUGCACAAGUGGCCGCUUCGCCCCGGCGUCCACGUGCACGUCAACUCACUCACUAGCCUGACUGACGACUGCAAGCCCCUCCACAACAAUAACACCGUGACCACCCUCUCCCCGCCCUCCUCCGCCGCCCCGCCCCCGCCCCCGCCUCACUCCCUGCCUCCACACCACCUCAACCACCACAGCAACCCAUACCAUCAGCAGCAGCAGCAGAAACAGUACACCAUGGCAAACAACCACACUAACCAUAAGAGCAAUUCCCACCACGUCAACGCCAAGUACACGCACCCCCUCCAGCCACACCAACAGUACCCAACCCUCGACACCAAAAGAGGCUCGUCCAGCUUACGGAAGUUCAAAUCCCACAACUCACAGACGCUUCCUCGCCAAACCUCCGCAGACCCACUCCCCAAGCGCGAGGACAGAAGCCCCUCCUCCCUCUCCCACUCCCCCAACCCCCACCCCCACUCCCACAGCCCCGCGACUAACACUAACAAAAGCAAAAACAAAGCUAAAAGUUGUGACCUUGACGCAAACUUUCUCACUGGGAACUCAGUCGUGGUUCAGAGCAAGACAGACAGCAACGAGACCUCCACCACGGGACGGAAACGAAAAAAACCGGGCCAAGAUCCUGAAGGCAGUAAGCCGCCCCCCACUGGACACAAGGAUAACGGGGUUCCCUCUUCACCCGACGAUGACGCUAACAAACAGACCUUCUACGAGAACUUACCCUUCCACGGGAUGCAGCCGCCGCCCAACAAGGACGCCCAGGACGCCACAGGCACCGCCGGCACCGCCCUUGGCAGCCGCCCGCCCAGCCAGCUGAGCCAGCAGGCCUCCUCGGGCUACGGCUCAACCCGCAGCAGGAAAGAUGACGUCACACACAGCCAGCCCAAGGCGGAGGACAGCUCAAAGGUGACCGGGGGGCAGGGCAGCAGCCCCCGGGGGGACGCCUCCAGCACGGGCGUGCGCCGCCAAAACUCUGAGUCGUACGGGUCCAUGAGGAGCACGACGGGGCGGCCAAAGGGGCCACUGGCCAGGACGGCGGCCUACCUGUCCAUGCGUCUGCCCGGCGCCAAGAAGCGGGCCAGGGCCAAGGCUGACGAGGACAGUCACCAGAUGAUCGAGGCUCAGCCCGCGGCCAGAGCCGUGCCCAAUCGAGCGGGUCAGGGCCCAGGCCAGACCCAGCAGCCAAGUGUACUGCCGCAGACCACACAGUUCACCUCGGAGACUCGACACACCGUCACCUCGCGGCCAGACCUCAACACCGUCACCGUGGAGGCCAGUCAGACCUCGCGGCUGACGGUGCUGCCGCCGCCCCACGCCGCGGAGGCCAACAACAACUCCAUAUACUAUGACGGCGGCCCCCGCCACGCCGCGCCCCACGGCGCCGCCCCCGAGUACUCCUCCGACCCGCGGGUCUACGACCCCUCGGCCGGCGGCUUGCCCGUGCCGGCGCCGCGGAACGGGACCGGCGGCCGCCCGCGGCACACCUACCAGAACCUGCCCCCGCCCGUGGCCGGCGCUCAGGGCGGCGCGGGCCUGCAGCAGGCGUCCCCGCACCCCCCGCCCCAGCCUGUAGUGUGUGAGAACCGAAAGACAGGCAGCUACGGAUCAGCUCAGAAUCCUACGCCUAGCUCCUCCUCCUCUUCCUCCUCCCCCUCCUCCAGCCAGUACCCGUCCCAGUACCCCUCCCAGUACCCGCCUCAGUACCAAAGAAACCCCUCCCUCUACAAGCAGUACCCGUCAUCCACCUCGCUGAAGGAGACUCAUCCUCCGGCGCCGUACACAAAGUCAUCCUCUCGCCAGUCAUUCUCGUCCUCCACGUAUCCUCAUAGACCGGAGAGCCAAUCACAUCCUGCCACGUCAUCAUACCCAACCAGCACCAGCCAUUCACACAGCGCCACGUCAUACCCCAACACCCAAUCACACACCUCCACGUCAUACCCCAACACCCAAUCGCAUCCAUACCCUCAGCCUGUCAAUAGCCAAUCACACAUGCCCAAAUACCCGCCUGGCGUCGUGUAUGCGGAUCUCGCUGUGUCUCGUAAUGGUCAGCCAAACCACUACAGACGAGACUUGAACACUGAGUACGCCAUCCUACAGUUUAAUGGGCCUGUUGUGGGCCAAGAAAUCGACGUCUGAAAGCCCUUCCUGACCAGCUUGGGCGGAGGGGACAUGGAGUACGCUGACGUUGACUACUCCACCUAUAACUACGGCCCCAUCCCCUACAAGGCAGCCUCCGUCUCCAAGGCAGAGGAGAAGAAGGCCGAGCAGGAGGCCGAGAUGAAGGGCG